AUGGGCGGCUUCAUAUACCUUGGACAACCGGAAACCUUUCCAAUCACCGCUCUACAGAUGGCGAAAAAUCCAAUUUUUAAAACUCCCCGAUGUGUGCCCGAGGAUAUCGAGGAAAAAAGCAAGCAAGACUGGCUAGCGAAAACCUUUGCUUCCUUGCAGAUCCUGCAACUGGUCCUCUCCAUCAUUACUCGACACAUUAAAAAACUGCAAUAUUCACAGCUGGAAGUCGUCACUCUGGCAUUUGCCAUUUGCGGCGUGCUGAUAUACUUGACGUACCUCUAUAAGCCCCAGAAGGUUGAGAGGCCGUUUUAUAUCGGAAGGAUGGGUUCGCCAAUAUCUAAUGAUCUGGCAGCAGCGCGGCAGAUCUCCUUGUCGACACCGCCUUUUAAUCAGGUAGCAGUAGUUCCGGACCCCUUGGAAUUCGAGGCAACAUAUGAUAGUCUUUGGGCAAUUGUGCUGGACAAGCAGCGCGGCCCGUCUGGCCGAAAUCUUGACGUACCGCACAGGAUUCCCAACGACAACAUUCCCAUUCACGACGGCGAUUUUCACCCAGCCGUGUACUUUCUGGCGGUCGCCUCAGGCCUUUUUGGAGCUAUACAUGCUAUCGCCUGGAACUCUGAGUUCUCUACCGAAGUGGAAAGACUCCUUUGGCGGAUAUCCACAGUGGUUACUGCCACAAGUCCAUUCGUUGGCUUACUCGGGAAUCCUCUCGCUCAGUUUACAAGAUCAUCAGGUGAUUCACAGUCAUUCAUUUGUAAUCUUUUGAGGCUGCUGCAGGAAUACUUCUGGAAAACGAAUGAUAAGACGCAGGUCAUGGAAGCAAUAGAAAAACUGGAGGAUGCUCUCGCGGACAACCGGCAAGAAACCUACUUGGAAAUUCUAUAUCUCGAGUUGUAUGCGCGCCCCUUUCAUUUCCUAGACGAUUUAGAAAGAUUUCUGGUCGAAACAGAGGCCGACGAAACAGACUUUGGUCCUAAAAAAGAUGAAGCAUUCAUUGAGCAAUUCAAGAAUCUUGCUCUUGUGAUAAAAGACAAGGACAACCCGUCCAAGAGACUAGUCAACGCGGCUCGAGUGGGAAAAUGGCCAAAGGAGUCACUCCUUCCUAAAGGAUUCAACCGGGGACUUAUAUUCCUGACAGCCUUUUUGUACUGCUCUUCACGAGCCCUAUUGCUGGGCAUUUCGGUAUCAUCUCUUCGACUGAUGCCAGAUUCGGUGUAUACACAGUCAGACUGGACCCAGUACCUACCGACCUUUGGCUCGAGUGGUGGCUAA